AUGGCGGAGGCCGUGGCGGAAUAUUUACGACAACAUAAAUCGAUUGGCAAUUCUCGCAGCAAUACGAUAGGAUUGAUCAUUGUGGUCUUGGUUGCCUGUGGUCUAACUGUACUAUAUGUCGAGGGUGUUCGUCAAUCUGUGUCGGAAGCUACUGGUAACGCAGCAGGUGGAUUGUUACACAGUAAAUCGUUCCGUGACCAGUCCCUGCGUUUUCUUAACCGUCUCUCUGAGGAUUACUUGAGUAGCAGCGAAACGGAGCAACUGCUUCAACGUAAAUUUGAAGAGCUCCUGUUGAAGUCAGAGGACAGUAUAAAUGAGGCAGUCAAGCGGGUACUACAGGAUGAAGCUGUUGUGGAUGUCGCUUUCAAUCUAAGUCGUGAUAUUGCAGGUCGUUUGUGCAACGAUCCAGAGGUGAUAGAGCAGGUGGGUCAGCUGCUCCUCGACGCAAUAUACACCGAUGUCGCUGUGAAUGGAGCAGCUAAUUGGUUUGUUGACCUGACUAAACGUGAUGACGUCAGGGAAUCCCUAGAGAGGUUGUUGUGUGACCAGGUGUUCUACAAUGCGAGGAUUCAACUUGAGGCACUUAAUUUCUGUAAGGAUGUGAGUUCAAGAUUUUUGCGCGAUGCUGAGACUAGACGUGAAUCACUCUCCUUCAUCAAAGCGCUGCUCGAAAGGCCAUCCUUUCAAGCUCAACUCUCGCAGGCACUCCUCGGCGUCGUCAAGCAUAGCGUAUACCCACGCUGGCUCACAACACAGGACGCACAAACACUUACUGCACUUCCUAAACAAUUAGACAAACAAUCGGAACAUGGGAAAGGGCUAGUACGAAGGCAACCGUGA